AGCCCCGCUUCCAGCGAGCGCACCUAGCUUGCGGCUUCUGGCUUGCACACGUGUAACGCUGUCGCUGAUUCGUUUGUUGGCGUGGUAGUUAGCGCCACAGUGAAGAACGGAGAGGCAGCUUCGGCUAGGCUCGUGAGCUGAUGGAGUUUGCAGCCGAGCUGGAAGGGACACCCGGCGGAGGUCCCCUGAGGGUAGCUGAGGGGGCGCGGCCGAGACCGGAGGUUGGUGGGGAGGGAGCCGGGUAUCUAAAUGGGAAUCCCCCGGCUGGCGAUGGAGAGGAGAGGAACGGACUGACAGGAAGUAAGACCACGGAGGAUGCGGAGGAGAUAAAGAUGGACUUAGCUGUGGUGAAGCAGGAAGUAGUGGACUGGUCGGAUAUAGACAGUGGCUUUUCGGACAGCCACUGGGUAAAGCAGGAGGUGGAGGGCGGGCCCGAGGUGAAGGAUGAGAAAGCUGGCGUGCUUGAGGAGGUGAAGCAGGAGGCGGUUAGUGGCCUGGUGGUGAAAGAAGAGAUGGUGGAUGAGCCAGAAAUAAAGGAAGAGAAAGUGAAGGUGAAGGAGGAGGUAACGGACUGGGAAGAAGUGAAGGAGGAGUACCUGGACGUAAAACAGGAGUUGUUUGUUGAUCAGAGCGUAAAGGAAGAGCAGGUGAUGGAUGGAGUGCAUGUAAAAGAAGAGGAUUGCCUCAAAAGAGAAGUGAUGGAGGACUCGAAGGUGAAGGAAGAGCAGCAGAGCAAUCCCCCAGUGGGCUGCAAGCGGAAAUUGGCUAUGUCAAGGUGUGAAACUUGUGGGACAGAAGAAGCAAAGUAUAGAUGUCCACGGUGCAUGCGAUAUUCCUGCAGUUUGCCCUGUGUAAAGAGACACAAAGCUGAGCUGACUUGUAAUGGAGUCCGAGAUAAAACAGCUUAUGUUUCACUCCAAGAGUUUACUGAAAUGACUCUCCUAAGUGACUAUAGAUUUUUGGAAGAUGUGGCAAGAACAGCAGACCAGGUUUCAAGAGAUACUUUUUUGAAAACACCAAAACGCAAAAAAUAUCUGUUCUUUAUGAAGAAUCGUGCCCGAAAGCAAGGUAUUUACUUAAAGCUUCUACCCAAUGGAUUCAGCAAGAGGAAAGAGAAUUCAACAGUUUUUGACCAUAGGAAACAGCAGUUUUGUUGGCAUGUAAAGCUUCAGUUUCCUCAGAGCCAAGCGGAGUAUAUAGAGAAAAGAGUACCAGAUAAUAAAACUAUUAAUGAAAUUCUAAAACCUUACAUCGAUCCUGAAAAGUCUGAUCCUGUGAUUCGUCAAAGAUUGAAAGCCUACGUGCAAUCACAGACUGUGGUCCAAAUUUUAAUGAGGGUUGAAAAUAUGCAGCAAAAUUUGAUAAGAUACUAUGAACUAGAUCCUUACAAAAGUCUUUUAGACAAUUUGAGGAACAAAGUGAUCAUUGAAUAUCCAACUUUACACGUGGUACUGAAAGGAUCCAGUAAUGACAUGCAGAUUCUUCACCAAGUGAAAAGUGAAUCUACCCAAAAGCUUGGCAGUGGAAAUUGAGCACUUGUAGAAGAAGGUGAAAGUUCCCAGAUGGCUGAGAAGAUGGUGUGUUGUGGACUGCAGGGUGACUGGGGGGCUGCUGCCAGUGGGCAGGUGGAAUUUGUUGUUUGACUAAAAAAAUUAUUAAACAAGAUAACUUUCUUCU